GUUAAAUCCGUUACGCCUGCGUCGUGUUAAUUUAAAAAUUGAUUUUGUGAUCGCUUCGGUAUACGUCUGUUUGUUUUACGUUAAGAAUAAUCUCAUCUUAAUUUAAAGUAGUGCCUCGUUGCUGCCAAUUUUGAUGUGUGUGUUUUAUUAACCAUGGAAUUCAGUUUUGACCUCCUGUCUAUGCUGAAGAAGGUGAAGGUGGAUCUAGCAAAGAAACAACAUAAGCCUGCACCGCAGUUCAGCAUUUCCGAAGGGGUAUCAAAAAGAACACAAUUACUAAAUAAUUUAAGGAGAAAGUCAAGAUCAUUGAUUUUGGAUGCCAAUAGGCGUUUACAAGUGCCCAAUAAGGAACGUGACACGUCCAAGAAACUUGAAGAAUUAGAAAAACGUAAGAAAAGGCUUUUAGAGUGGAGAAAGGAAAAAGAGAGGGAAAAAAAAGAAGCUGCAAAAAAAGCAAAGCCUUUCCUAACUGGAAUUGCUAAAGCUCCAUUGAGUUAUGUUCCACCACCACCACUACCCAAAGUUAAAAGUAAAGAACCUGCCUUCCAGGCAAAAGCUAAGGUUAUGGAUAAAACAAAAAAAGAUUGUAAAAUUUCAAAUAACAAUACAAAUAACAUUAAAAGUAAUAAACCAAUUUCAACUUUGCCAAAGAAAAAAGAGUCUAACUUAGCCCCUAAGUCUAAGAAGCCUCCAUCAUCUAAUUCGGUACAAGAAUGUUCAAAGAAACCGCAAAUGGUUUCCAAGACGUCAACAUCACAAGCCGGUCAAAGUUAUCAGUCAAAAGGUAAAGGGAUUGUGAAGACCAAGAAAUGCUUAGAUAAGGAAAUAACAAAAAAAGGUAUCUCCAAAGAAGAUGUUUCUGUCUCAAAGUUUCGAGUACAAUUAGAUUCAGAGGUUGAUCGAAUUCUCAAGAUGUGUAAGUCAUGGGACAGAGUCUACAAGACAACAACCCUUCCUAACUUUGCACAGGAGCUAGUGAUGUCGGCAACGGGGCAGGGCAGGCUAUUGGUGUCGCAAAAGAUGAAGCAGUUCCGCUCGUUGGUGGACUCUUGCAAGCAAGGUGUGUCCGGCCCCGGGCGAGUCACGCCGCAGGACCUGCACGGCUUCUGGGACAUGGUCUACAUCCAGGUCUUAGAUAUAAACAAACGUUUCAAACAACUGGAACAAUUGAAAGCGAACAAUUGGAAGGAGAAUUCAGACGAAAAUAAGAAGCAGUCUAAAAAGGAAAAAACCAAAGAUAAUUCAAAGCCUCAAAAGAAACCAGCAGUCCAAAGCCGCAUUCGUGGGUUAAUUUCAAAAAUGAGGAAGAAUAAAAAUUCAACGGAUAUUCCAGAUAAUGAAGAUGUAAAAAAUGUUAAGACCUUUGAUGCUGGGUCCGCUGUCAUACAUUCACCAACUAAGUCUAGCACCCUUUGGCCUAGCCCUUCUAAACAUAAAAAUUCACUGUUAGUUGCAGCUUCUACCUCUGAACAACCAUUCAAAGGCCAGGUAAAAUAUUCAUAA